GGUAUGGGCCCGUUUAGUAGCCUGGGCCACGUAAAUUUCCGAAAACAUUGAUAAAAGGUAGGCGCGGAAGCGGGCCCUCGCUUAUUCGAAUCGAAACUCAGUGUUUACCACCUAUUCAUUCCCGCUGUUUUGAAGCCCUCUUUUAUUUUUUCCGCCAUUGAUAGUUUUUGUUGCUGCUCAAUUAUGUCUACUACUGCCGGUGAAAACGUCGAUCUCAAUUUAUCACUAGCAACACCACUUCUUCUAAGAUCAUCGCCUUCUCCUUCCGCCAUUGCUGUAACAGCCAACUCACCUUGCCGGAGCCAUCACCGUUUCCUCCCGAAUAUUUGCUCGGAGUCAAUCGCCGUCUCCGGAAAUCCUCGUGCAUCUCCUACAUUCGUUUUUGCUCCGAAAAAUGAAAUUGAAAAGUCUAAGGAAUACAAUUGUGGAUAUGGUCUUAGUAAGAGGAGUCCUGCAGCCAACUAUUCUCCCCUUCAACAAGCAGCUAGUGCACGUACUAAACAACCCGGUAAAGGCAAGGCUUCUAGAGAUAUCAUUGCAGCUGCCAAAGGAAUAAAUGCGGAUGUACUUGAUAACCUGAAUUUAGGUGUCAGCUAUCGAUAUGACAACUCUUUAGGCUUGUUGACAAAGAAAUUCAUUAGUUUGCUUCAGGAGGCUGAUGAUGGAACUCUUGAUUUGAACCAUUCUGCAGAUGUUUUGGAGGUGGCAAAGAGGAGAAUCUAUGAUAUCACAAAUGUCCUUGAGGGAAUUGGACUAAUUGAGAAAACUACAAAGAGUCGCAUACGUUGGAAAGGGUUCCGGUCAACCAAAUCUCAAGGGCUGGAUAAUCAAGUAUCUACACUGAAGGGAGAAAUUGGAUAUCUAAAUGCAGAGGAUUGCCGACUUGAUAACUGCAUAAGGGAAAAACUAGAGCAAAUAAGGACCCUGGAAUCUGAUGUGAAUUGUCAGAAGAGCCUCUUUCUGACUGAGGAAGAUAUCACAAGCUUGCCUCAUUUCAGGGGUAAAACUAUUAUUGCUAUAAAAGCUCCAUAUGCUAGUUCCAUUGAAGUUCCUGAUCCAUGUGAGGAUAUUGAUUUGGAGAGGCAGUAUAAGCUUAUUCUUAGAAGCACAACAGGGCCGAUAGAUUUGUUUCUCUUGAGCAAACAGGGUAGGCAACAUGAGGACAUAACCAUCAAACAUGAGAAGCCCUUGGAUGCUGUGUCUGCUGAAAAAAAGAUGGAUGAUGCUUACCUAUCCCCAGUGCGUCCUUGCUCUUUAGAUUCAACGGCCUCAAAGCUCUCGGGUGUUCACAAAAUAGUACCUUCUCAUAACAGUAUAGAUGAUGAUUACUGGCUGCGCUCGGAGGAGGAGGUCAGCGCUACUGCUCUGUGGGGCAUUGAAUAAUCUUAAAAAUGGAGUGGCCUAGUUACAAAUUCCAUAUAUGGAUUCCAGAAGAUAUACACAAAAUAAGGCUUCUUACAAACCUGUAAAUAUCUUUUGAAAGUUAAAAAGCUUUACAUAUCUCUAGCCAGAUUAUAGUAAGAAAUAACUGGUUUCAGGGAAAUUCCUGCAACUUUUGCGUAUAAUUAUGCGGUUCACAGGAAUAUGAGUCUUAAGAAUAACCAAUUUUGGGAAUUGGGAUUAGCCUUAGAUAUGACUUCAUUGAACAAGUUUUGUGGGCUGUUAAGUUAUUGUUGCUUGACAGCAGCUCAUGCUAAACAUUGAAUGAUUCUGGGUAAUAUUGAAGUGAACUGUGAUAUUUAAACAAUUUUGUGACACUUAAA